AUGGUGUUCGGGAGAGGCAAGAAGGCCUCGGAGGAGGCCCGAUGCCUCGUGGACGAGAUCUUCUCUAGUCCCGGGGACCUCGACUGGCGCAAGGUGGAGGCGCUGGUGAAGCACUUGCGCGCUCAGCCCAACCAGGCGGACGACGUGGCGUCCAUACUGAAGAACUUCGUGCGGGACAGGAACCCCGAGUACGUCCUGAUCAGCAUCAUGAUCCUCGACAGCCUCGCGCUGAACGCCCCGCAGGCCAUGAUGCCCGUCCUCGGCCACAAAAAGUGGCGCGACCGUCUCUUCGAGGCCAGCGUCAGGCACGACGACCAGUUCGUGCGGCGCGCCGCGCGCCAGUUCAUCGUGAACCUCGCCCACCACUUCCAGCAAAGCCCCAUCGGCGACACGUACAGCCAGUACCCUGAAUGGUUCAAAGAGGCGCGCCUUGACCCUGCGAGAAUCCCGCGCCCGCGCGAGCCGGAGCCGCUGCGCCCGUUCGAGGGCGCGGUGUCCGGGGCGCCGAUCAUCCGCGGCAUCGACUACAUGGCGGAGGCCCGCGCCGGCGACCAGGCCUCGACGGCAGCGCCGACAACGCCCGCGGCCUCCGCGCACUACGCGCGCGGCUACGACACGCCGUCCGCGGCGGAGAGCGGGCGGCGGCGCGACACUGACGGCGACGACGUGUUCGACAUCCUCGGCGAUGAGGACGACGACAACGACAUCAGCAUGAUGACGACGAACACCGCGGCGCACGAGACCCCGGACGAGUUGGUGUCGAGCUUCGAGCGCGACGUGACGGCGCUGGUGGAAGCCGUGCGCCACGUGGCGUCCGUCCGUGCAGCGCACGCCCGGAACCAGGCCACGCAGGGCGCGCUCACCGCUGCGGUCGUCUCCCGGCGCGACGUCGCGGAGACAUGCCGCAACUGGAACAGCAACUCCUCCCAGCACUACGAGAUGGUGUCCCAGGACGGCGACGCGACGGAGGAGCGCCUCCUGCAGCGCUUCAUCGACUGCGCGUCGCGCUCGAACGCCGCCGUCGACCGCUGGGACCUCCUCGUGGGGCUUUGCUCCAACGACGGCGCGGCGAGCGACCCCGCGUUCAUGUCCACGAUCGCCGCGCUGGCGUCGGUGACCGUGACGACGAUCGAGCAGGACCCCACGCAGGCGCCCGCGGCCGCGGCGCCGCCGCUGUCGGCGCGGGGCGCGGCGGGCGACGCCGCCAGCGCGCAGAUGGCUGCGGCGCGCGCGCUGGAGGAGUACCGCGUGCUGGCGGGGGAGACGGGGCGUCUGCGCGCGGCGCUGCAGGAGGCCGGGCAGCAGUACAGCGCGGCGGAGGAGAAGCACGCGCGGGAGAUCAAGGAGCUGAAGAGUACGGCGUUGCUGCGCGUCAAGGGGCUGAUGGAGGAGAAGGGGGCGCUGGAGCGGCAGCUGGGCGAGGCGGAGGGGCGGCUGGAGGCGCUGGAGGGGGAGCUGACGGAGGCGACGUCGCAGGCGUCGGCGCGCGGGGCGGCGGCGCGGGGCGGCGAGGCGGCGCGUGCGGAGGUGGAGGCGGUGCUGGUGCGCGAGGCGGCGCGGCGGAAGGAGGUCGAGGAGAAGCGCGACCGGAUCGCGAAGGAGCUGGCCCAGGCCAAGGAGAAGAUCGCGCGGUUGGAGAUGGAGGUCGAGGAGAAGGAGGCUGCGAUGGAGAGCGCGAUGGUGCAGCUGCGGUCCGAGAAGGAGGCGAUGCACAGCCAGCUGUCGGUGCUGCGCGCACAGAUGGAAACCAUAGCGCCGAAGCUCGAGAGCGUCGAGGCGCUGGAGCGCGAGGCGGCGGAGUGCAGGUCGGCGGCGGACCGCGCGACCGCCCGGCUCGCGGGCAUGGAGGGGGAGUACAAGCGCGAGACGAUGAUGCGGAAGCAGCUGCACAACCAGCUGCGGGAGCUCAAGGGCAACAUCCGCGUGCUGGCGCGCGUGCGCCCGGUGCUGCCGUUCGACGGGGAGCUCAAGGGGCACGCGUGCGGGCCGCUCGACGAGUACACCGUCGGGAUCCGCGUGCCGCGGGGCGAGGGCGACUUCCAGGAGAGGAAGUACGAGUUCGACCACUGCUUCGACGGCGCGGCGAGUCAGGAGGAGGUGUUUAGCGAGGCCCAGGCGCUGGUGCAGUCGGCGCUGGACGGGUACAACGUCUGCGUGUUCUGCUACGGGCAAACAGGGUCUGGGAAGACGCACACGAUUUUCGGCACGGAGGGCAACCUGGGCAUCCUCCCGCGCGCGAUCGAGGACCUCUUCUCGCGCCCAGGCGUCACGGCGACCGUCACGAUGCUCGAGCUGUACAUGGACAACCUGGUGGACCUCAUGGGCGACCGCCGCAGCGCGCAGGACCUGGGCAAGACGCGCGCCGCGGAGCUCAAGAUCGCGCGCGGGGCCGGCGGGCUCAUCGAGGUGCAGGGCGCGGUGAAGCAGGAGGUCGCGUCCGCGGCGGAGGCGUCGGGGCUGCUCAAGAAGGGCAUUGCGCUGCGCAGCACCGCGUCGACGAAGAAGAACGACCGCUCGUCGCGGAGCCACAUGAUCUUCAGCAUGGUGGUGGAGGCGUACGACCAGGUGCAGGGGACGCGGGCGCGCUCGCGGAUGUCGUUCAUCGACCUCGCGGGGUCGGAGCGCGUGGCCAAGAGCGGGUCGAUCAACGACGAGCAGCGGCUCAAGGAGGCGACCGCGAUCAACAAGUCGCUGUCGGCGCUCGCGGACGUGGUGUCCGCGCUCACGAAGGGCGAGUCGUUCGUGCCGUACCGCAACCACAAGCUGACGCAGCUGAUGUCGGACUCCCUGGGGGGGAGUGCCAAGACGCUCAUGGUGGUCAACCUGUCGCCGCUCGAGGCCGACGCGGGCGAGACGAAGCUCUCGCUGGACUACGCGUCGCGCGUGAAGCUCGUGCGCAACAACGCGUCGCGCUCGUUCGAGACGCGCGAGACGGCGCGGCUGGAGAAGAUCAUCGAUGAGCUGACCAUGGAGCUCGAGAUGUACCGCGGGGCGGACGGGGACCGGCCCGCGGUGUCGGCGUCGCCGUCGAUCAGGCGGAUCGCGGCGUCGUCGUCGCGGCAGGCGAGCUCGCGGACGCUGAUGCGGACGCCGAGCAAGCGCUGA